GAUGCGCUGUGGGCACCGCGGGGCGGUGCCGGCGCGGCGGUGCCAUGCUGCUCCGCUGCGCGUUGUGGCUGCGGGUGCUGUCAGUAUGGAGAUCCGUGCCCGGCCGAGAGCCGGCUUUCUCCACGAGUUGCGCCGCGUGCUCAAAGAACAGGCGGCUGAGGCAAAAAAGAGUCCUUUCGGAAAAGAAAUUGACCCGCUAUUUUGUGGAUCACCGGAGAGUGCGUGUGGUUGGGGGACAAGGAGGAGGAGGAGGUCAAUCUUUUUAUAGUGAACCUAGAAAAAUAUUUGGAGGUCCUGACGGUGGAAAUGGAGGUGAUGGAGGUCAUGUCAUUUUAAAAGCUGACCAGCAAACAAAAUCACUUUCAUCAGUCCUCCCUUUCUAUCAGGGUUUUCAUGGAGAGAGAGGAGGAAGCAAAAACUGUUAUGGAGCCAAUGGAGCUUGUGUUUAUGUUAAAGUGCCUGUAGGUACACUGGUAAAGGAGGACGGGGUAGUUGUGGCUGACCUCACUCAACAUGGUGAAGAGUAUGUUGCAGCUUAUGGAGGAGCUGGAGGGAAAGGUAAUCGCUUUUUUCUUUCCAAUGAAAAGCGAGCUCCAACAUUUUUUACUCCGGGAGAGCCAGGUCAGGAGAGGGUCCUCCAUCUGGAACUCAAGACAGCAGCUCAUGCAGGACUGGUGGGCUUUCCCAACGCUGGGAAAUCGUCGCUUUUGAGAGCGCUGUCCAACGCAAAGCCAGCAGUGGCUGCCUACCCAUUCACAACUCUGAACCCCCACGUCGGCAUUGUCCGCUAUGAAGACUAUGAACAAGUAGCAGUUGCUGACAUUCCUGGCCUAAUAAGAGGUGCUCAUCAGAACAGGGGCCUCGGGAUGGCCUUCCUAAGGCAUAUUGAACGAUGCUGCUUUCUUUUAUAUGUGGUGGAUCUCUCUGUGUCUCAGCCAUGGAUUCAGCUGCAAGACUUAAAAUAUGAACUUGAACAGUAUAAAAAAGGAUUGUCUACAAGGCCUUGUGUUGUCAUUGGGAAUAAAAUUGACCUUGCUGAGUCCAGGAUUAAUCUACCAUUCCUUAAAGAACAGAUAAAUGACAGAGUCAUUGCAUUGUCUGCAUUGACAGGAGACAACCUAGAGGAACUGUUACUGCAUUUGAAAGAGCUGUAUGACACUUACGUGAAGAUGGAACAAGCACAAGGGCAGAGCCCAGUCAAGUGGUAGGAAGCAGAGCUACUACAAACUGCUAGAAGGAAGAAAAAUCAUAAUUUGAUUAGAUAACAUCUGCAUGUGUGGUUUUCUUUGUUGUUUCUUUAUUUUGAAUGUAUUGCACAGAGCUUGGGAGUUUGUUCUGGGCUGCUUUCAGUGGAAAAUUUUAAUUCACCUUUGAGGUGUCUUGGAUGUCAUAAAAUAAAUGCAGUGCUCUGCUUUUAUGGUGGAAACAGUUUUUUAUUUGACUCACUGUAUACAAAAUGUGUUAAGUUUUCUUCUUGAGGAAUGGGGAAAUUUUGAUUUAGAACAGUGGUUUUUUCUACAGAAAAGCUGAUAAUUCUGUUUCUGUCACUUGGAACAUUUUGUUUAGUUUCAUCUCAAAUACUUCAUUUCUUCUGGGUGGUGCAUCCUUAGCAGGUAGGCUUUCUUGCCCUUUUUUUCCCCCUCUGGCUGCCUGUGACUGCAGAGGAGCAGUCUUGUUCAGUCUUUGUACAAUCAUACCCUUUUGCAGUUGGGAUGAGAUCUGUGAUUAUGAUUAUGAAUUAGAACUAACUUUGCCUGUGUGAGAAAGCGAGGCUGUGCCCUUUCUUAAGAGCAGCAGGUUUUUGUUUUGAAAAAGUGCAAGUGUAACUUAAGUGCUUGAAUUAUUAAGUAAAAAAAAGUAAAAUGGGUAAUUACCUCUUUUAAGUUCACUUUCUGAGUAAUUGUAUCUCAUUGGGUGUGGGAAGCAAUCUGUGUGUAAUAAACAAUGAUAUUGUUCCAAGUAUGAUCAAAGAAAAAUAAAACCAUAAAUAUUAGA